ACGACUUUCGGAGCGUCGCAGUCAUUAUUUAUAAAUAAAGAGCAUAGGGAAAUCGGGUCGUGAGGCCUACAAUCGUCGCGAUUGGGACAUUAUUCGAACUAAAAUGGUGGAUAUAAAGAGCAAUGUCAGUUUCUCCUGUCAAAGGUGCCUCCAGCCACUCAGACUCGACUCCAGUUUCGAUCAUCUCGGGGAACAUACACUUGCUGAAUUAUCACGUAGUACCAAUCCAACAGCAUGUUGUGGGUGAGAUAGAGCCCCAGAGUGGAAGCUUGGAGCACUUGGUUCCGCCAUUCAGAUUGACUGAAUCAGCAAAUGGCACUAAUGGGUUUAUGCUCGUUGGAGAUUCGGGGGAGACUGAGAGUCUCAGCCAUCACUUGAGGGUGCGAGCUACCCUAUUCGACGUUCUGAGCAGUAGCAGUGCAGCAGACCACCCCCUGUGCGACGAAUGCACGGACAGUCUUCUGAUGCUGAUGGACCAGCAGCUACGAAUGACUGAGAGUGAGUGGUCUGACUACAACGAAUACCUGAAGAAGCUGGAGGUGGAGCAACAGCAGCACCAGGGAAACGAGUCGAUGGAGAUGGAGAACCUCACGAAGGAGUUGGCUGACGUCAAAGCCGAGGAGGAGAGGAUGAUCCAGGAGCUGGAGGCUCUGAGGAAGGAGGAGGCUGCCACCAGAAAUGCCAUUGCUGAGCAGGAGUUGGAGAGGGAGAGGCUGCAGAGCGAGGAGGAGAGGUAUUGGAGGGAGUACUCCAGGCACAGGAGGGAUCUCAUCCUCGCCGAGGAUGAAUGUCGAAGUUUGGAAUGCCAACUAGCCUAUGCCUCGUCUCAACUAGAAAGACUGAAAAAAACAAACGUGUUCAACGCAACAUUUCACAUAUGGCACUCAGGCCACUUUGGCACGAUAAAUUCGUUCAGACUGGGACGUCUCCCCACAGCCCCAGUGGACUGGAGUGAGAUCAACGCAGCUUGGGGACAAACGACGUUAUUACUCACAGCACUAGCCAGGAAGAUGAACCUGACGUUUCAACGAUUUCGUCUCGUGCCGUUUGGCAAUCACAGCUAUGUGGAGGUGCUGGAUCAGCAGAAGGAGUUGCCUCUGUAUGGGAGUGGAGGCUUCAAGUUCCUGUGGGAUACCAAGUUCGAUGCUGCCAUGGUCGCUUUUCUCGACUGUUUGCAGCAGUUCAAGGAGCAGGUGGAGAAGGGCGACAGUGGAUUUUGCUUACCUUAUAAGAUGGAUCGGGGGAAGAUCGAGGACUCUGCCACUGGGAAUUCUUAUUCUGUUAAGAUUCAAUUCAACUCUGAAGAGCAGUGGACCAAGGCACUGAAAUUUUUGCUCACGAAUCUGAAGUGGGGCCUCGCAUGGGUCAGUUCGCAGUUCUCGAAGGACGAAGCUGAACAAUAACUCUAGUUUCUCGUCCGAUCCUCUCCGAGACAGGGGAAAUGUUCUUGCUAAAUUGUACAUAUUUGUUCGUUUUCUCCUUUUUGUAAAUAAAUAAAUUUGAUCUAACGUU